GCUGUGUGAGGAAGCAGCGUCAUGAACGGUGUCGGGAACGGCUAUUACCGUGACGACCCCUGGGACAACGACUCCCGCACUUCAAGCAUUUAUUAUCGGGAUGAGAUGUCUUCAGACGCCUGGGAGGAGGACCCGGUCAGUUCGGCGUACGACAGAGAUCGGAUGUCGCCGUACAGAAGUGACCCUCGGGGGCACUCUACCGCCAGCAAUGGCUACUCUUCAGACAAUGGGUCGGUCGUCAGCACAGAAGAUGGGCCGACGUACGUGCUGGAACACUUGGCCACCUUCAGAGUGUCGCCCGAGAGUGACCUGGUGUACCCGGCCGACGGGAUGCGCCGCCUCUUACACAUGGAGAAGACCUCGGGCAUAUGGACACAGAAGAUGUUGCUCAGACUAGACAAAAAAUGGGUCUAUAUACAGUCUCAUGAAAAUGGGGACGUCGUGGAGAAGUUUCCCAUGGAACUGAUAAGGGAGCCUACAGCAUUCACAAGUGAAGACCCAAAAGAAUUGUACAAUAACAUCUUCAUAUUUGUCGUAGCGGAGGACCCAAAGAGGAAUUACCAGAACCCGACGGAAAUGCACAUAUUCCAGUGUCUACGAAUUAGUGCCAAAGAUGUAGUGGAGGACGUGAAACUUUUUAUGUCCGGGAAGGGCGUUCCUGGGCGGGGUCGGGCGGCCAGAGCUGGGCGGGGCGAGCACAUUCCCCCUCCGCCCCAGGAACCCGCGCCAGAACCCCCGCUGGCAAAUGGCUACCGUGGCGACUUUUCGGAUAGUGAGGUUAGGGGAGAAGCGCGGGGUCCGAGGUCGGAGAGGUCCAGUGUGAGCCAUAACGAUGAUGUGUCGUCGACCAGCAGUGAAAAGUACGAGCGGGACGUGGCCAUCCUCAACUCCUGCUUUGACGACAUUGAGCGGUUCAUCGGACGCCUCGAGCACACAGCGGCUGCCACCAGGGAACUUGAACGCCGUCGCAGGUCUCGUAAAUCCAAGAAGAAAGACAUUGGUGACGGAUUGUUGUCGAUGCGUGCAAAGCCUCCACCAGAGCGGGAAUUUGUCGAUAUUUUCCAGAAAUUUAAGCUGUCAUUUAUCCUCCUGGCAAAGUUGAAGGCGCACAUCCACGACCCAAAUGCUCCUGAACUGGUACACUUCCUCUUCACUCCCUUGGCGAUCAUUGUCGAUGCGUCUCGGGACUCAAAUUACGGCGCAAACCUCCCCACCAAGGUCUUAUCUCCAUUGCUAACUGCAGACGCCAUAGACCUGCUAACAAACUGCUUAACUUCACGAGAGACAGAACUGUGGCAGAGUCUUGGUGAUACCUGGUGCAUUCCACGUAACAUGUGGAAGUACGAUGUUCGUCCUUACCAGCCAGUGUUUUCAAGUGGAUGGGCACCAGAGCUGAUAGAAGACUCACGCGAACGCUCCAAUGUGCUGGCCUCCGAGGUUGCAUCAGAAGCUAAGCGUACAAGAGCAGAGGAAAUACGAAAUGCUCAACGCGAAGCAGAAAUGCGGCAAGGUCGUCUACGCACGGAUGAAUAUGGCAGUGACUUCUACGACUCAGAUCGAAGGGAACCCUCUCCAUCCCCAGGUCGAUACUAUCCCCGAGAUGAGAGGCCACGGUCCAUGACACCACCCUCGGAGUACCCCCAGGCUGGCCGUAGUGAUAUAUCCCAGGACUCGGUGGAUCAGCCUACAUUUGAAAAACAUCAGCGACAGUGGUUGAAUGACCUUAAAUCCCGCGGGGCAAAAAUUGUGCAGGUGACCUAUCCACGCACGGCCAACAAUGACAAAGAAUUAACAGUUGUUCGUGGGGAAUACUUAGAGGUUAUGGAUGACAGCCGCAAGUGGUGGAAGGCAAUAAACGCAAGAGGCCAAGUGGCUCACGUCCCUCAUACUAUUGUUACUCCCUACGCCGCUGACCAGGAUGGUAAGGAAGAUUACCGUGCUGAUGUGCGGCGGAAUGCACCUGCUCCAGUCUGGAAGGAACGACAGGGCAAGAAAGCUCCUGCAGUAUUUGAAUUGGAAUCGAGCGAGGAGGACCUCAGUAGCCACACUCCAGACUACACGAACGCCGACUCUAGCGAUGAAGAUGAACCAUCAGCACGUAAGAAGUUGAGCAGUAUCCCAGCUCCCCCUCCCCCACCUCCUCCUGACUUUGCCCCUGAUGAACCUGUAACACCACGGAUAACCAAAAAGUCCCGCCCCAAAACUGCUGAGAGAAUGUAUGGUACCACUAAGUCUACAGCAGAUUUGAUGAAUGAAGAAUUAAGGAUGGUCCUGGAGUCGUUCCGUCGCCAAAGACCUCAUUUAGAGAUAGUGAAAACGCCAGAUGUUUACAUCAACCAAGGGUCCACCCCCGAAGAAGUUCAGUCGUGGCUCAAACUGAAGGGAUUCUCUAAAAGGAUUAUGAAGCAGUUUGAGGGUAUAGAUGGCACCAAGUUGUUUGCUCUGGAUAAAAAACAACUUGAGGAAUUCUGUGGAGUCUCGGAAGGUGCUCGUCUGGCCUCUCAGAUCACAGUCCAACGCAAUGUAUCAGGGUAUAAAACAGCCAGAUCCUCUGAGCUCCGGCAGAUCUUGGCAAGACAGAGGAACAAGGUUGAAAAGGUGGAACCUGAUAGGAAUUCUAAAGUGGACAAGAUAGAGGAGAACUUUGGGUUCCUCGAGGAUUAUGAGAGUAAAUCAGGUUAUCAAUCAGAUUCAGAGUCGGAAGAGGAAAUUCCCAGAGGAAACCCAGGAAUGAAUACACUUAAAGAACAAAUAAAAAAGCAAAGGAAGAAAAUAAUUGGUCAGAACUUUGAAGAUAAAGCCUCACGCUGAGUUGCGAUGAUCGAUCAUCUUUUUGGAGAUUUGCCUGAAACUAUAUAUAUACUGUAUACAUUAUAUCUACAUAUAUAUAUAAGUGGUUAUGCUCUUGUAUAGUAAAUUUUAAGUAAGUUCACAGAUUUGUAUUAUGUGAUUAAUUUUACUUCCAAAGUUAUAUUAAAUAAUACAUCCAAUGAAAUCACUUCUAUGUAUAUAUACUGUAGGUUUUAUGUGUGGAAGAUAGUAGUGUUUGUAUCUUGCCCUAAUAUUACAGCUACUGGCCAUCUCUUCAAACCCACCCAGAUUUCUGAAUGUUGAAUAGGCUGUCAGGUACCAGUACAUCAAUUCGUUGUUUAGAACUUGAAGAAAUAAAAAUGAACAUGUGAACAGGGCAAGUAUACAAUACACUAUGAAAAAAUUGAAGUGAUGAACAAUGAACACAUUCUGAGAUAUAGAAAUCAAGAGAAGUAAGAUAUUGGUAAACAACUUUGGUAAUUCUGGUUUUGUCUGAAUACUAAAGUGUUUAUUACUAUCAGUGUUAUAAAAAACGAGUAAUGACUUUAGUCUUCCAUGGACUACCAAACCAAAUCACUCAAUUAUUGGUUUAUUACGUAAGAAUUUUAAUUUUGUGUAAGUUUUAAUGUAUUGUAACUAAUAAUAAUAAUACUGUACUAAUAUAAUAAUACUGUAUUAAUAAAUUGCUGCAUUAAGAAGUAUAGUCUAAGUCAGCGGUUCUUAACCGGGGGGGCCUGAGU